AAUUUUCCUUAAAUUCCAAUUCUCUACUUAUAAAGACUGACCCGACUCCGCUGCUCUGGUCAUGAAUCGUCAAGCUCAUUCUUAAUCUGCCCCUUUUCUUUGCUUGUUUUUAAUUUUUAAUUAAUUUCUUGUGACAUGGGCGUCCUCCGCCUUGCGCCGUCGUCCACCGCCGGGAAGUGGCUGGGGUUCGUGACGGCGGUCUGGGUUCAGGCCAUCUCCGGCAACAACUACACAUUCUCAAACUACUCUGGCUCUCUCAAGUCCCUCAUGGCCCUCACCCAGCUUGAACUCAACAAUCUCUCCGUCGCGAAAGACGUCGGAAAAGCCUUCGGCCUUCUCGCCGGUCUCGCCUCCGAUCGCCUCCCCACUCCCGUCAUUCUCCUUAUUGGCUCCGUCGAAGGGUUGAUCGGUUAUGGAGUUCAAUGGCUCGUCGUUAGCGGAAGAAUUCAACCCCUUCCCUACUGGCAGAUGUGUAUAUUUCUGUGUAUGGGAGGAAACAGUACGACAUGGAUGAACACGGCGGUUCUCGUGACUUGCAUCAGAAACUUCAGAAAAAACAGGGGACCAGUCUCCGGCAUCCUCAAGGGUUAUGUUGGUCUGAGCACCGCCAUAUUCACCGAUCUCUGCACUGCCCUCUUCUCGGACGACCCCUCCACCUUCGUCCUCAUGCUCGCCAUCGUCCCUUUCCUCGUCUGCUUGACCGCCGUCCUCUUCCUCCGUGAAGUCUCCACCUCCGGCGACGAGAAAGAGGAGGCCAAGUACUUCGGCUUAUUCAACGCCGUGGCCGUUGCCGUCGCGGUCUACCUCCUCGCCUUCGACGUCACCGCCCCCCACGGUCGAUCCUUCUCCAAGGCAUUCGCCAUAAUAUUGCUAAUCCUCUUGGGUUCGCCGCUGGCGAUUCCUCUGUACUCUCUGUUCAGUCGGGUCGGGUCUGAGGCCGGAUCGGACGCGGAGAGUCGGGUCGGGGAGCCGUUGCUGGGGGAAGCGGCCGGGACUGGGACGGAGAAGGCGGCGCAGGCGAAGGUGGAGGGGAAACGACGGCCGUCGAUUGGGGAGGAUCACUCGAUAAUGGAGGCGGUGCGGACAGUUGAUUUCUGGGUAUUGUUCGUGUCGUUUCUGUGCGGGGUGGGAACGGGUCUGGCGGUGAUGAACAAUAUGGGGCAGAUGGGUCUGGCGCUCGGGUACGCAGACGUAUCCAUGUUCGUCUCGCUCAUGAGUAUUUGCGGGUUUUUCGGUCGGAUCCUGUCGGGUUCGGUCUCGGAGUACUUCAUCAAGAGAGCAGGCACGCCAAGGCCUCUUUGGAAUGCGGCAUCCCAAAUUCUGAUGACACUUGGGUACGUUGUGAUGGCCAUGGCGUUACCGGGUUCCCUCUACAUCGGUUCGGUCAUCGUAGGAGUCUGCUAUGGAGUCCGACUCGCCGUCACUGUCCCCACCGCCUCCGAGCUCUUUGGUCUCAAGUACUACGGCCUCAUCUACAACAUACUCAUCCUCAACCUUCCCCUUGGUUCCUUCCUCUUCUCUGGCCUCCUCGCCGGGUUCUUGUACGACUCCCAAGCCACCCAAACGGCAGGAGGCGGCAACACUUGCAUCGGGCCUCACUGUUACAGGCUAGUGUUUGUGGUCAUGGCCAUUGCCUGCAUUGUUGGGUUUGGCUUCGACAUCCUACUGGCAAUUAGAACCACAAAGCUUUAUUCCAAGAUUUAUGCUAGCAAGAGAUCCAGGAAAUCUAAUGGGCAGUGACAGCUUCUGAUUUGUAGAAGAUCAAGUGAUUUCAACUCCUGAAAAUCAGGAGAAUUGGUCCUGCCCAGUUUAGGGAUGCCGAGAUAUGAUUAGGAGUUGUUCAAAUUCAAGUUCAAAAAUUUUCAUGAUUAUAUCAUCUCCUCAUCCCUAAAUUUCAGCAAGUAUUCGGUAUUCAUUGACACAUCAUUAUCGAUUACAGCAGCAUCAAUUCUCCUAAUCUGAAAUCACUUAAUCUUCUGCAUGAUGGAUAUUUAACAUUUGGAAGGAUGAAGGAGAAAAAAUGAAAUCAGGAUUGAUGGGUUUCUAUUUUCCCUGUGACGUCCUGAUGAUAAAAUUUUAUUGUACAUAUGAUCUGUACGUUUAGUGUGAAAUUUUGUAAGUCAUCAGCUGUGUCAGUACACGGUAAUGUGAUUUUAAUUUCGCUUGGUUUAAUGAAAUUUUCUCCCUUUAGCUUGAGGCUAAGUGUAUUUUUGCCUCAAAAUUCUAAAGAAAA